GCCUGUCCGAGCGGGGUUUCGCUUUUGCUUUUCGGACAGUGACGUUGCGCGUUGGCAGUGGACGGAGCCAUUAUUUAUAGAUUUCUGAUGCAAAGAUGAACUGCGUCCUCCUCAUUCUUUACGUCACAUUGCUUCAUUCUGUGCUCACUUCCCUUCCUGCUCCGGUGAACGUUUCUAUUGAUUCCCACAAUUUCUACCAUGUGCUGAGGUGGGACCCUGGACCUGGCACCCCACCCGGAACAGUGUACAAUAUCACCCAGAGCAGAGACGACGAAAAGGAAGAGCUUCUGACUUCGAAUACCACAUCGUUAGAUCUGCUGCUGGACAACAUGUACGAGUAUCAUCUGACUGUACAGGCUUUCUACAAUCUAACACAGUCAAAGAAGUCCAAGGAAAUCACCUUCAUUCCCAGUGUACACACCCACAUAGAUCCAGCAGAAGUGUCACUCUCCGGGUGUGGAAACUGCAUCCAAGUCAACAUUUCAAUGCCAGAGCCUUAUUGGGGAUCAGGGAUACAAGAUUUAUACGACUACUAUGAUCCUACAUUUAAACUAUUUUGGAGGAAAGCAACUAAGAAGCCAUUGAACUCAAGUGUUGUUGAAACACAUGACAAGAGUUAUAUUCUUGGCAACCUAGAGAGGGGAGAGUACUGUGUGAAGGUGGUCACAGAGAUUCGAAUAAACCGAAACACUAAGGCUUCUGCUUGGAAAUGCACCUUCACCAGCCCUGAGGAGGAGCAAAACACAGGCUUUGCUGCUUUAGGUGUGGGCCUCACUCUCAUGAUUGUAGUCGUGGGUGCCCUGAUGAUCUCUUUGUCCUUUUUGUACUACACUGGAUUUCUUGGUAAAUUGCAGGCAACUGUUCCCCGAGCUCUAAUAGUGGCUCUGCGCCAAGGCCACACACUGACUCCAGAAACAACAAGGACAUACUUGAUUUCUGACACCUCACAGAUUGAGAAACAGAGGAUGCACAAUCAUCCCACAGCAUCACAUGUUGCCACUAGUGAUGCUAACUCAGAGGACAGGAGUGAAGAUGAGGAGGAGGAGGACAAUGAAAAAUAUGACUACUUGGAUAGAGAUGCAGAGCUUUCCACGGAUGAAAGCUCCUGCAGCAGGACCAGUGUUUCAGAUCAUCGUAAACCAGCUGUAACAGGGAAUUCGUCAUCGUCUCAGCUGGAGGAGCCACCUGCAGAGUUUGACACUGGCCUUGUACAAGGAGGGCCGGAUCAAGAUGAUAGUAAAGAAGCAACAGUUUCUUUUACAUCUGAGGAGGGUCAAAGUAAUGUAAAAAAAGACUGCAAGGUGAACGCGUGUGACAGCUCUGGAAAUGUGAAUCUGUUCUCGGUCACCAUUUCUGCACUGCUCGUAGAUGUGGAAGAGGAGCAGCAUACAAGAGACACUCUGACGACCAGAGAUUCUGAUAUGACUUUGAACAAUGCACAUACACAAAUGACAGAGUCUGACAAUCAGGUAACUGUGGCCUCGACAUGUCCCUCACAGAAAGCCUUUACUAAUUAUGAGUAUGAAGGCAGACAUGCACACGAGGAGGAAGAGGAGGAAGAGGAGGAGGAAGCCUCUGAAUACAUGAAACAUGUAUGACAUGUUGACUGUGUGUCUGAUGAAUAUUUCCUAAAAGAAGAUUCUAUUUUUUUAAUAAAUAUUUUCUAAUGGUAAAAGA